AUGUCCGAAUCACAGAUAUUGCGGAAGGACCAGUUGGAAACGAGCUUAUUCAAUGAGCGGAAGCUGAUCGGUGCUGGACAACUCAAGGAGGACAAUCCGUUGGACCUUAGUCAACCUUUUAGGGAGUUAUGCGAGGCGUGUCGAAGAGGCGAUCUUAAGGUGUGCCAGGAGAAGAUAACUGAGGGAGUGAACAUCAACGGCAGGGAUUUAUUUGACUGCACUCCUCUAAUACUGAAGCAAGAAAGAAAGAGAAGCUGCGUUUUACUGAUUAUUUUUUGUCUCUUUAACGGUAGAUGCCUCUAUAACGCGCUGAACUCGAAGAUACGGAAUUUACUCCUUGAAUAUGACUAUUCAAAGUCAACGGACCCUCUCCAACCCUUUGCAUCUCAUAUAAUGUCUCUGCUAAGCAGAGAAAACCCUCAAACGUCGGACAUCGAAGUCACCGCUGGAGAUGAGACUUUCCACCUGCACAAGUUUAUUCUGUCCGCACGUUCGCCUUAUUUUCACAAGAAACUCUAUACAGCUCCAGAGGCCACUUCAUGGAGAUUGCCAAACACAAUCCCUCCUCCAGCGUUUAGUGCUGGGAUAAGAUAUCUAUACUUGGGUGAUGCUCCCCGGGAUUUGAGAUCUGGGCCAGGCGCAGGUGGCUAUUCUGAGGCAGAAGUGUUUGAAGGGAUAGACAAGAUCGCCAAACAUCUAGAACUUCGCAGCCUAGUCGAUACUAUUCUGGACAGCGGUGAUAGGAGGCUGGCCAGGCAAAGGCGAGCAGACGAAGUCAGCAAGGGACGAAAUCAGAUGGAAGCUUGGUUUCAACAAAAUAUUAUCAAACACAAAGUGACGGUUGACACAGAUAAAGCAAAUGAGGUAAAAUGGUCGCGGGGUAACAGUAUAUUUGCCGAUGUACUUCUUCAAGCUGAUGAAGAUGACAUAGAAGAUGAGGAGCCGCAGGAACCAAUGGGUAAGCAGGAAUCAAGCCCUGAAGACGGUGGUGGCAUACCCAUUGGCGGCUUCUCACAGCUAUCUCUGAGUACUCCCGCGAAAAAAUCCAAAAGGAAAUCAGUCCUUUUCCCUGCCCACCGAGCUAUGCUCUUACGAUCAGAAUUUUUCCUCGCAAUGUUUUCCUCCACCUUCCGUGAAGCUCAGGUUACGGGUUAUCUACAUAUCGUGCCCAUUGAUUGUACACCUGAGGUAUUAGAGAUAGUUCUCACAUUCUUAUAUACCGAAAAAGCGGACUUCCCUCUCGAUAUUGCGGUUGAUGUUUUGUUUGCUGCAGAUUUGCUCCUAAUCGAAAGGUUAAAGACGAAGGCAGCCGUCCUCAUCAGCACACUGGGAAGCGGAGACAUGGCGUCCCUAAGGCCCAAGCCGGUAUCAGUAGAAGAGGGGAGAGAACUUGCAGAGGAAGAACUAAUUGAUAUUUACGAAAUACUCCGUGCAGGCUGGUUGAUGCGUGUACAGCGCCUAGAGGAAUUUGCUGCCCGAUACCUAGCUUACAGGCUAGAAGCGCAUAUCGACAGACCUGAGUUCGCACAGGUAAUAGUCGAGUCCGCGGAGCGCAUCCAAAAGCGACAAGAGACAGAUUCUAUUGAGUUGGUGGAUGACAUUCGCUACUAUCUUUCUGAACGAUUCAGGUUACGCUUCGAGGACUCAGGGAUAGAUAUACUGAGCUCUGAGGAUAAUGUUAACGAAAUCGAUACCGCGGAAAAGGCCGAAACACCUUCAACCUCUGUGACCAGCUCCCUUUCCCCAGAAACGAAUAUUAAUGGAAAUAUCAUAUCGCCCAUCUCUUCGUCACCGCCUACUUUUGACAAGAAACCUAGUGUCGUAAACUCACUCAGAAAACAAAAGGAACUAAACAAACCCGCCAAGUUGGAGGCCCCGAAGAACCAAACCAACAGGGAGAAUGAACAGGUCAAUCCCAAUGGUGUAAUUCGGACUUUAGAUGGCCAGGAAGCAGGAGAUGAAUUCUCUAGGGACGCUAUUGAUUAUGAGCAUCUAUUAAACAAACUGGACCAACUAUUGGAGAAGUUAGGCUUGGAUGGUUAA